AUUCCCCUCUCCAUACGCCUGUCUCUGUUUCUCUUUCUCCAAUGUUUUCAAACCGAUGAGCAUGCUGUGUGGCUCCUAGCCUCCUACUCAUCACUGCAACUGUAACAGUAACAGCAGAGAUAUCGCCACUCAAGAGGAGUGCGAUCGCAGACAUCUACACACACAGUCACACACACACCAACGUUGGAUGAACAUCGGCUUAUUCUUCUCAAACGUACGCUGGGGAGGUAGAGAGAGAGAGUGUCCACCUGCGCUAAGAGAACUCCAGCAACCACCAGUGAUCUUAGAGGAGUCAUUGGAUUACUGAAGCUUGACUGACCAUUCUAACAAAACCAAAAGGCAAAGCAACAAACCAUGAAGACCAGACUAGCCUGCCUGUCCAAUAAGUCUGACUCCUACACCGACUUCACUGAGUUCCUGCCCCCUGCCCAAGACAGGACCACCAGAUGCCUAAAGCUGACAAAAGACGAGGUCAUUCGAUGGGCAGAUUCCUUCGAUGUUCUUCUAUCGCACAAGUAUGGCCUGGCUGCCUUCCGGGCUUUUCUCAAGACGGAGUUCAGCGACGAGAACAUUGAGUUCUGGAUGGCCUGCGAGGAAUAUAAAAAAAUCAAGACUCCCGCUAAACUGGUGACCAAAGCCAACAAGAUCUACAAUGAGUUUAUCGAUGUCAAGGCUCCCAGAGAGGUAAACAUAGACUUCCGUACACGGGAGGUGACGAGACAGAGCCUUGAGGAGCCCACUCCUUCCAGUCUGAACGAGGUCCAGGCCAGGGUCCACAGCCUCAUGGAGAAAGACUCUUACCCACGCUUCCUCCGCUCCAAGAUCUACCAGGACUUACUCAAAACGCAGUACACACCCUGCCAACGGAACUCUGUCUGAAGAACACACACGUGCAGCCGCAGAUACAUAUACGCACACUUAAGUGAUAAUGCCGCGAAGCCAGUGUUUGGAGGAUAUAUUGGCAUGGGUGUUGCUAGGCCAGGGACAAAGUCGAGGGUCGGCAAACCGUGCCAAUAUAUCCCCUAACAUCAGCUUCUUGGGCAUCAUCACUUUUAUACAACGGGUUAGCAACAUAUUCAAAUAAUGAUUGACGUAUUUUCAUUAAAAACAUUCAUUUGAUAAAUGUAUUCAUACUAUUUCAUCCUUCCACAAUAUAUUGUUCCAAAUCUAGGGUUGCUACCCAAGCUGGCGGGUUGUUCAUUCUAUUGGUUCGGUUUGCUAGAGAUGCGACCCAGUCAUUCCGAUUUUUUGUUCUUUAUCUAUGGAGGCGACACAGUCGUUCCUUCUAAAUAUUCCAUUGCCAUACUUGCUAGCAACAUUCUUAUCCCUUGCUUGCUAGCUAGCAAACUACGGCUAACUUACAGUCACAUCAAAAAGUGCAGCCAGAUCAACAGCAAGCAUUUGCAUUUGUUUAAGCUGUUUUCUAGUGACAUUUAUUUGGAUACAUCCAUAACAAUGAGCUAGUGAGGCGCAAUUUCGCCUGGCAUAUAACAUCUGCUCACUCGUCAGGAUACAGUCGUUGAGAGGAGUUAGCCAACAACACAGCUAAUGCAAUCACUUCAAACUGAAGCUGGAAAGAAUGCAAACUAGCUGCACUUCAUUUCAUGUUACCUUGUUUAAAUUGAUAUUUCUUUGUAUAUAUCCAUAAAAAUUAUGCCAGCUGAUUCAUGAUUUCAACUGGCUGAGAAACGCAGCUUGCCUGUCGGUCUCGUUCCGACUCCCGACACGUUCAUUACUAUGGGACAGCUGGAGAUCGAAAUUGAAUAUUGAAACAAUGUUGUAAAUGUCAGAGAGACAUGCUGCAAGGUUUAUACAGAUCUUCUCUGUUGAAAACAAAAAUGUUAGUCUAAAAUAAAUGUGAGAUAAUAUCUAGAUGCUUUUUAUAGUGGAGAUGAAGUUUAUAAAUUGCAAGGCCUCCCGGGUGGCGCAGUGGUUAAGGGCGCUGUACUGCAGCGCCAGCUGUCGUCCGGGUUAGGGAGGGCUUGGUCGGUAGGGAUGUCCUUGUCUCAUCGCACACCAGAGACUCCUGUGGCGGGACGGGCGCAGUGCGCGCUAAUCAAGUUUGCCAGGUACACGGUGUUUCCUCCAGCACAUUGGUGCAGCUGGCUUCCGGGUUGGAUGUGCGCUGUGUUAAGAAGCAGUGCGGCUGGUUGGGUUGUGUAUCAGAGGACGCAUGUCUUUCAACCUUCAUCUCUCCAGAGCCCGUACGGGAGUUGUAGCGAUGAGACAAGUUAGUAGCUACUACAACAAUUGGAUACCACGAAAUUGGGGAGAAAAGGGGGUAAAAAAAUAAAAGUUUAUAAAUUGCUUGGCUAGGCUGAUGAGACAGUGGAUUGCGCAGUCAGAUUGAACUAAGUAAAUAGGCAUAUUAAGUUCAUAGAUUUAGCCAGUGGUAACUUGUGGAAUAGACACCGGCUGGAUUGCUGUUUUAACCAAUCAGAAUUCAGGAUUAGACCCACCCGUUGUAUAAACACGCACACACACAAACACACACACACACACACACACUUCUUCAGUAGUUAGAAGAACACAAGUAACCAUUAUUCCUCAAGUCCUAACUUGAGAUAUAUGUGCGUAACUCAAUUUCAGUCUCCAAUUGACAUAGUGAAUCAUGUGAAAAUUUAAGUUAAAAGAUUAAGUUUAAGUAUCAACUUAGGAUUCUAACAGAGGGAUUCAUAGAAUUUAGACAUAUCGUGAUAUUGUGUCGAGCUAGUUUGCACUUAGAAAACAAAAUAGCACAAGACCUUGUACUGUGUAUACUUGUAUUAUUCUUAUUAGACAAUGUGUUGUUUUUGUUCAUGUGUAUUUAUCCUCUCAAUAUAUACUCAUUUUGAAGUUGAUAGGUUUCUGGGAAUUUUAUUCAACUUUUGCAGCACGUCAUGUUCUAUAUAUACUGUAAUAUUCUUUCAGAUUAUGAAUAUUUCGAUAAUUAUUCUUAGAAUAUAGAAUAUAGAAUAUAGAGAAUAUUUGAAUAUAGAACAUAGAAUAUAGAGUAUAUUUGAAUUAUUGAUGAUAUACACACUUUAAAAGAUAUGAUUUAAACUUACUGUGGAUCAGUGAAACUGCAUGAGUAAAAUAUAAAAUAUACAUAUUUGCAAUGGUUUGUUCAUAGUGGUGCAUACCUUGAAAGUAUGUCCUCUUGAGUUUUUUUCUAUAAAAAUGAAAUGACCUGUU